AUGGUGGUUCCCGCGACUCCCCCCUUGCUGGGGGCGCCCUGCCUCCGGGUCCUGGCCUCCCUGUUGAUUCUGGCUGCUCCAGGGCCCCCAGCCUGCGGGAAGCGCCUGCAGCUGAACCGGAUCGUGGGGGGCGAGGACAGCUCAGAUGCCGAGUGGCCCUGGGUCGUGAGCAUCCAGAAGAAUGGCACUCACCACUGCGCGGGCUCCCUGCUCACCAGCCACUGGGUGCUCACGGCCGCCCACUGCUUCAAGGAUAAUCUGGACAAACCAACCCAGUUCUCUGUGCUGCUGGGGGCCUGGCAGCUGAGGAACCCUGGCCCGAGGUCCCAGGAGGUGGGUAUCGCCUGGGCGCAGCCCCACCCUGUGUAUUCCUGGAAGGAGGGCUCCCGUGCUGACAUCGCCCUGGUGCGCCUGGAGCACGCCAUCCAGUUUUCUGAGCGCGUCCUGCCCAUCUGCCUGCCUGACUCCACCGUCCAGCUCUCUUCGGACACCAACUGCUGGAUUGCUGGCUGGGGGAGCAUCCACGAUGGAGUGCCCCUGCCCCACCCUCAGACCCUCCAGAAGCUGAAGGUCCCCAUCAUCGACUCGGCCACCUGCGGCCGCCUGUACUGGCGGGGAGCCGGGCAGGGCGCCAUCACCGAGGACAUGCUGUGUGCUGGCUACCUGGAGGGGGCGCGUGACGCCUGUCUGGGCGACUCCGGAGGCCCCUUGAUGUGCCAGGUCGAGGGCACCUGGCUGCUGGCGGGCGUCAUCAGCUGGGGCGAGGGCUGUGCGGAGCGCAACCGGCCUGGGGUCUACAUCAGUCUGGCCGCCCAUCGCUCCUGGGUGCAGAGGAUCGUGCAGGGGACCUCACGUGACAACACCAGGCAGAUUGGCAGUGAGCUAGUGAGUAAGAGCAAAACCAGGGCACGGGGGAGGACGGUGUGUGUCAUUGUGGGGGCCAAGUUCAUCUGCAUCACCUCUUGA